UUGACGUUUAAUUCACAUCACAAACACAAUGAAUGAGUGAAUCAGAUUUUGAGAAUAAACAAGUUUCUACAAGUAAACGAAGUUCACUAAGUCUCUAAAAUAAACUUUAUUUAUGAAUACAUGUGUUAAGGGUAUUUAAACUAUGCAGACAAUAAUAAAAAAGAUUCCAGGUAUUCUGCCGCCUCCACCGAAAACUGAAAUCGACGGCAAGAUCACUGAUUUGUCAUCAAAAAAUAUCGCAGAACUAUGCGAGUUACGAGACAGGCAACUGAAACUAUUGAAUAACAAGGCUUUUAUAUCCAAGCUUCCUGACAAGGGUGCGAAAAUCCAGGCGUUUCAUGAUAAAAUCGUUAGUGAAUUGAAAGCGAAGCAGGAAGAGGAACAAACUUGUCGUAUGUUUGAUAACAUGAAACUUAACGGUGUUGAUAAAGACGUUGUGCAGCAAGUAGAAUGGGUUGGCAAACUACAGGAUAACAACAACACAUACCUCGAUUCCGAUGACGACAGUGAACCAGAAGACGUGCUUCAUAUCCUCAGCCAAACCACUGCUCCAGAGAAACAAGUAAAAGUAUUACCACCUGAAAAGCCACUGAUUACUACAGAAGACUUGUUAAAGAUUGGUGAGCUGCCUCAUGUGAAGUACAUAGUAGAAAAAACUGAAAUUAAACCUAAGCCCAAAUCUACAGGCAAUUUCAAGCCUUAUAGGACAACAAAAUCCGACUCCCAAAACCCAGACAAGGAGAUUCUGAGGAAAAAGCAUAAACAUUGGGAAGUGACAGCUGCUACUCCCCCUCCUAGUGUCCAUGGUCCAGCCAAAGUAUUGUCCAUUGAAGAAUCAUUAAAACUUCAAAAAGAAUACAAUACACAUUUGAGAGAAAUAGAGGCGCAGCAUGCUGCUGAGAAGUUGUUGGCUCGUGCAGGAAUCAAGAUCGGAGAGUUGCCAGAAGAUAAAAGUAGUUUUGGAAAGUAUAGGGACGGAGAUAGUGAUGAUUCUGAUGUAUCAGAUCCUGAGGGCAGUGACAAGGAGGUGCAUGAUGAGGAACCAGAGAGAGGUGGAGUAGUAUUCACUGUCAUGAAAUGAAGACUUAUUUAAAAUUAGAACUGAAUUGUAAACAAACAAAUCAAAGAGUUUAGAAAUGAAGUUGGAUCUGGGAUCCAAGAUAGUUGACAAAUACCUAAUGUUUUGUAAUGAAUUUAUGUAAAUAAUGCAAAAUAAUUUAAUGUAAGUAAAAUAUUUUUCAUAAAA